AGUAACUACUGGUCUCAGACAGCGUGAACCUGAGUGGAUUAAAAUGUUUGUAAUUCUGGUUCUGGUUCUGGUUCUGCAGCUUACAGAAAUCAGAGGAACGUUUUCACCCAGAUUUGUUGUCCGAGAUGGAGAUGAUGUCACUCUGCCUUGUGAUAACAUGAGAGAUGAACAGGAUACAUGUGAAAAAACUAACUGGCUGUUCAGUAAUUCACCAGAUGCAUCAGUUACCGUCUCUACAGACAGACAAGUGUCUGGAAAAACGGAAAGAUUGGAGGUGGCGGCUGAUUGCUCUCUGGUCAUAAAGAAUGUCUCACAUGAGGAUGUUGGUUUCUACACCUGCAGAACUUCACAUAUCAAUCAUAAUCAAGAUGCUCAUGCUCAUCUGUUUCUUUUAACAAUGACGGAGAAGAAAGAGGGCGACCAGGUGACGUUUUCCUGCUUCGUCGCAGCAAAGGAAACGUGCAAACACACGGUGGAGUGGAUGUAUGAGGGGGGAGCUGUGAACGAUACCAUGAUCAUGAAGACAUCCGGAUGUUCAGUUACUGCGGUUAUUCCUGAAAGUUUCCUCAAGAACAAACCGAAAUAUCGAGAGAUGAUUUCCUGCAAAGUGAAGGCUGAUUCCACAGAAAGAGACCAGCUGUUUCCCCUCAGCCCUCAGACAGCCGGAAAUGAUGUAAACAUGACAAGUGCAGAAGGAAGAAAAGCUAAUGAAACAGAGCCUGCAUUGAAAAACGCUUCAACAACCCCAUUAAAUUUGUGGUUAUACGUUGUCGUGUCUCUUGGUUCAGUAGCAUUGAUAGUAACUGUUCUAGUGAUCACUCUGUGGAAACGAAGGGAAGAGGAAAGAUUGAUAAUUCUUCAGGAUGUGGAGCAAAGCCUGAACUCUGCUGUGGUUCUGUCUAGUCCUGGAAACGGUCCAAACAUGGCUGACCCUGAAGAUGAAGUUCUCUACGCCACCAUUUGCCACACAGAAAAGGCAAAAAGUAAAACUUGGGAUGAUGAGAAGCCAGGCGACUCUGUGACCUACAGCUGUGUGAAGGUCGAUUCUCCUGCAGGUUCCUGUGAUCCUGACAGCCUCAACGCAAACCAUCAGCAAAUCACAUGAACAAGAAAUGAAAUAUUUUGCUUCUGAAAACAAAACCUUAUUUAUCAUGAAGUUAAACUGUUAUUAAGAUAUUAACUGGAUGCUGGUGUGAUUUAUUUCAGUUGAGUAGUUGGUGUGAAAGUCAGGCUUCAUAUCAUAAUCACAUGUAUCUUGAUUAUGAUGUCCAGGUUAUUAAUUCAGAAAAACAAAUAAUUCAGCAACAUGAUGUGUUUUCUGUAUUGAUCUGAUUUAGUGCUUAAGUCUGACGGUUUAUUUAUUAACUUAUUAAGUAUGUAAAGUAAUACAAAUUAUACAAGUAGGAACAUUGUGCUGUAUAUGGAAGUUAUAUAAAUCCAAUGUGCCAGAAGUGUUCAAAUAAAUCACCAAUAUGGUGGACACAAAACUCCAAACACAAAAAUAUCAAACCUCAUGACAAAGAAAAUGCAGAAACUUUAAAUAACGAGUAAAUAAGUCACUAAAAAAGAUAAAUAACAGAAUUACCUAAUAUGGCUUCCACAAACUUCAGUUGUCUGGGACUCUGGCAACGAAAUUCACUUGAUUACUAAAUAAUUUUUCUUCUAGUAACUGAAAACUGAAUGUUUAAACUAAUGAGUAACUGGUGCUGAAAGGACGAGGACAUCUAGUGGUGAUGAGAGGAAGUGAAAAAUAAGCAAACCCACAGAUUCAUUAGCUUAUUAAAAUAAUUCUCCUUUUUUCAUUUCAUUGCUUUAUUUUCUAGAUUUUUAGCUUUUUUAUUUGAUUUAACCAACCGUUUUAUUGCUUCUUUGUUUAUAUGUAAUGCUAAAUUUUAAUGUGGUACUUUCUAGGUAUUUUUCUUUAAGUGUCAUUUUUGGCCAGAAAUGUUGCUGUUAUUAAAACCUUUCUCUGCCGUGUCGGUGCUCCGC